GGCGAGACGAGAGCAAACUGAACAUGACAGCAAAACAACACCACCGAGGGGGGAGCGAACUUCUAGACAGCCGUCACAUCUGAGGAAACGUUACAGUAAUCCUUCCAACUGUGUGCAGUUCCCAGACAGACACAGCUGACUGGUGUCCUCUCAGUUCAGUAGAUGUCCACGCCGUCAGACACGUCAGGUGGCAUGUCCCAUCCUGGCCCGUCACCAGGGGCAGGCCUGUCCCCGGGGCCCAUCUUGGGCCCCAGCCCCGGACCGGACCCCUCUCCAGGUUCUGUCCACAGCAUGAUGGGGCCCAGUCCUGGACCAGGGACACCCAACGCCCCACAUGGCAUGCAGGCCCAGGGACAAAGUGACUACUCUCAGGACAACAUGUAUCCUAUGCAUAAGCCAAUGGAGGCCGCCAUGAACGACAAGGCCAUGGCUGAGGCCAUGCAUUUCGGUCACAUGAAGGGUGUGAGCAUGCGCUCCCUCCACAGCGGCAUGGGACCUCCUCAGAGUCCCAUGGACCAGCACAGUCAAGGGUACAUGUCUCCACACCCGUCUCCAAUGGGAAUCCAUGAGCAUGCUUCCAGUCCCAUGUCAGGAGGUGGAGGUGGUCCCACGCCGCCACACAUGCCUCCGUCCCAGCCAGGCCCCAUGAUGCCCAUGGAUCCUCAGGGAGGCAUGCCCAACAUGUCCGGCAUGGGCCAACAGGGACGCGGGCCCUCCGCCUUCAGCCCGGUCCAGCUGCAGCAGCUGCGAGCUCAGAUUCUCGCCUAUAAGAUUCUGGCCCGCGGGCAGCCGCUGCCGGAGAACCUGCAGCUGGCUGUUCAGGGUAAAAGGAGCCUACCCACAAUGCAGCAGCAACAGCAGGCGGCGCCGCCGCAGCAGCAGCCGCCGCCACAGCAACCACAGCAGCAGCAGCAGCAGCAGCAGCAGGCAUCUGGUGCUAGUCCAUACAGGCCUUCAGGUAUGCCGAUGGCCCCUAUGAGCGGCCCCCAGUCAAGCCCCUGCCCAACACCAGCCAUGCAAGGACACAAUCAAAGCACAGGGCCCAAGCCGUGGGCUGAUGGUCAAGUUAGCGACAAUCAAGCACAGAAGCACCUCACUGCGGUUCCCAGCGGCCGUCCGUCUCCUGCACCCCCCCAGAUCCCUGCGGGAGCUUCUGGAGCGGUGCCGGGGAGCUCAGCAGCAGUUCACCCCCAGGGCCAGCAGGUGUCGCCCAUGCUCCAGAUGCAGCAGAAGCAGAACCGGAUCACACCGGUACAGAAGCCCCAGGGUUUGGACCCGGUGGGAAUCCUGCAGGAGAGAGAAUACAGACUGCAGGCCCGGAUCGCUCAUAGAAUCCAGGAACUGGAGAGUCUCCCCGGCUCUCUGCCUCCGGAUCUUAGAACUAAAGCUACAGUGGAGCUGAAGGCGCUGCGUCUGCUCAACUUCCAGCGUCAGCUGAGGCAGGAUGUUGUGGCGUGCAUGAGGCGAGACACAACCCUGGAGACGGCCCUCAACUCCAAGGCUUACAGGCGCAGCAAGCGGCAGACGCUGAGGGAGGCCCGCAUGACGGAGAAGCUGGAGAAGCAGCAGAAACUGGAGCAGGAGAAGAAGCGCCGGCAGAAACAUCAGGAAUAUCUCAACAGUAUUCUCCAACAUGCCAAGGACUUUAAGGAAUACCACCGCUCAGUGUCUGGGAAGACCCAGAAACUCACCAGAGCCGUCGCCAACUGGCACACCAACACCGAGCGGGAGCAGAAGAAGGAGACGGAGCGGAUUGAGAAGGAGAGGAUGAGGAGACUGAUGGCCGAGGAUGAGGAAGGCUACAGAAAGCUCAUCGACCAGAAGAAGGACAAACGUCUGGCCUAUUUGCUGCAGCAGACGGAUGAAUACGUGGCCAACCUCACGACUCUGGUGUAUGAACACAAAGCUGCUCAGGCUGCCAAGGAGAAGAAGAGGAGGAAGAAGAAAAAGAAGAAGGUGGAAGGAGAUGGUGAAGGCACCAGCGCUAUUGGACCUGAUGGAGAGCCCAUGGAUGAGAGCAGCCAAAUGAGCGAGCUGCCAGUCAAAGUGAUUCAGACGGAGACCGGGAAGGUUUUGCAGGGAACUGAUGCCCCCAAGUCCAGCCAGCUGGAGGCUUGGCUGGAGAUGAACCCCGGGUAUGAAGUCGCUCCACGUUCAGACAGCGAGGAAAGCGGCUCAGAGUUCGAGGAGGAGGAUGAAGAGGAAAUGGGAAAGGCGGAAACGGAGGAGAAGAAGAAAAUUGAUCCCAGUGGAGACCAAGUGGCGAAGAAUGAUGCCAAGAACAUCAUUGAGUCAGCCAAACAAGACGUGGAUGAUGAGUACAGCGUUCCCACGGGGCAAACCAGCUCCCAGUCUUACUACGGCGUGGCCCACGCUGUCAUCGAGAGGGUGGAGAAGCAGUCGUCUCUGCUGAUAAACGGCACGCUCAAACAGUACCAGAUCCAGGGCCUCGAGUGGAUGGUGUCCCUCUACAACAACAACCUCAACGGCAUCCUGGCCGAUGAAAUGGGCCUGGGUAAAACCAUCCAGACCAUCGCCCUCAUCACCUACCUGAUGGAGUACAAGAGGCUAAACGGCCCCUAUCUCAUCAUUGUUCCUCUCUCAACUUUGUCCAACUGGGUUUAUGAACUUGAUAAAUGGGCUCCUUCUGUGGUCAAAAUAGCGUACAAGGGCACUCCUGCGCUGCGUCGCGGUCUUGUGCCGCAGCUUCGGAGCGGCAAGUUUAACGUCCUUCUGACCACCUACGAAUACAUCAUCAAGGACAAGCACAUCCUGGCCAAGAUUCGCUGGAAGUACAUGAUCGUGGAUGAGGGCCACCGUAUGAAGAACCACCACUGUAAGCUGACGCAGGUGUUGAACACCCACUACGUGGCUCCCCGCCGCCUCCUCCUCACCGGCACGCCGCUGCAGAACAAGCUGCCUGAGCUGUGGGCUCUGCUCAACUUCCUGCUGCCCACCAUCUUCAAGAGCUGCAGCACCUUCGAGCAGUGGUUCAACGCGCCUUUCGCCAUGACCGGAGAGAGGGUUGACCUGAACGAGGAGGAGACCAUCCUGAUCAUCCGGCGUCUGCAUAAGGUGCUCCGUCCCUUCCUGCUCCGUAGGCUGAAGAAGGAGGUGGAGUCUCAGCUGCCAGAGAAAGUGGAGUACGUCAUUAAGUGUGACAUGUCUGCCAUCCAGAAGGUUCUCUACCGCCACAUGCAGAAAGGCAUCCUGCUAACCGACGGCUCAGAGAAAGACAAGAAGGGCAAAGGAGGUGCUAAGACCCUGAUGAACACCAUCAUGCAGCUGAAGAAGAUCUGCAACCAUCCGUACAUGUUCCAACACAUAGAGGAGUCUUUUGCUGAGCACCUGGGCUACCCGAAUGGCAUCAUCAAUGGGCAUGAGCUGUACAGAGCUUCCGGGAAGUUUGAGCUCCUUGAUCGGAUCCUGCCCAAGCUCCAGGCCACUGGCCACAGAGUCCUGCUCUUCUGUCAGAUGACCUCGCUGAUGACAAUCAUGGAGGACUACUUUGGUUAUCGAAACUUCCAGUAUUUACGCCUUGAUGGUACCACCAAAUCUGAGGACCGAGCUUCACUCUUGAAGAAAUUUAACGAGGAAGGCUCUCAGUACUUCAUCUUCCUCCUCAGUACCAGAGCUGGUGGCCUUGGCCUCAACCUGCAGGCCGCAGACACAGUCGUCAUCUUUGACAGUGACUGGAACCCACACCAGGACCUUCAGGCCCAGGAUCGGGCUCACCGCAUCGGGCAGCAGAACGAGGUCCGCGUGCUUCGUCUGUGCACUGUUAACAGCGUGGAAGAGAAAAUCCUGGCUGCUGCCAAAUACAAACUGAACGUGGAUCAGAAAGUCAUCCAGGCAGGCAUGUUUGACCAGAAAUCGUCCAGCCACGAGCGCCGAGCCUUCCUCCAGGCCAUUCUGGAACAUGAGGAACAGAAUGAGGUAGAACCUGAAGCUGUGCGGCAAUGCUCAGUCAAUAUUCAGGAGGAAGACGAGGUCCCUGAUGAUGAAACCCUUAACCAGAUGAUAGCCCGCAAUGAAGAUGAGUUUGAGCUGUUUAUGCGCAUGGACAUGGACCGCCGUCGAGAGGACGCCAGGAACCCCAAACGUAAGCCUCGUCUGAUGGAGGAAGAUGAGCUGCCGUGGAUCAUCAAGGAUGACGCUGAGGUGGAGAGGCUCACCUAUGAGGAAGAAGAAGAGGAGAAGAUGUUCGGCCGAGGAUCACGCUGCCGUCGGGACGUGGACUACAGCGACACCCUGACUGACUGA